CCACAACAGUAAACCCAAUUUUCUCCAUUUAUCAACUUGCUAAUAAUGAGCCCCCGAUUAACAUUAUUUCUACCUUCAUAAAAUUGAUUUCAAGUGCAAAAUCGUAAUGAUAAAAUGAUAAGUCUUAUCUAAAAGAUUGUGGUUAUUUACAUGGCGAUGAGUUAACCACUAGGUAGUCAUUCGUGAUCGCGCGCGCGUAGUGUUGUGUUGUGUGCAAUUUUAUUUAAUGUUUUCGUGAAUUUGUGAAAUGGCAGUGGACAGGUUAAUUUGGAAAAUCGUUUUGGACUUCGUCACGCUUUUGCUCGUGGGGUUUCCACUCCUCGCUAUACUGCUAUGGGGCAAACCAUACGAGCGGGGUUACUUCGAGUUUGACAUGUCCAUCCGUCUGCCAUACAAGCAGGAGUCCAUAUCUGAGGGUCUACUGGCUGGCGUGGGCUUCGGCUUAAUUGUGGUUGCGAUUAUCAUCACAGAGGUAAUCCGCGACAAGCGAGGAUCCGGCAUUGGGGAGAAAUUCAUUAACGGGGCUCUAGUCCCAGGGUGGGUUUGGGAGAGCUACGUCACGAUCGGGGUGUUCACCUUCGGAGCCGCGUGUCAGCAGCUGGUGUCAAACACCAGCAAAUACGUCAUCGGGAGGCUGCGGCCACAUUUCUAUGAUGUCUGCCUCCCAGUGCCCAACCAGUCUGACGAGAACGUGCUGGGCUACAUCCAGAACUACACAUGUACUGGGAAUAGCACGAGCCUCAUCCUGGAGGCGCGACUGUCUUUCCCGAGCGCACACUCCAGCUUCGCUAUGUAUACCGCUAUCUUCUUCAUCUUUUACAUCCAAGUAAAAGGCCGGUGGAGGGGCUCGAAACUGUUGCGUCAUUUGGCCCAGUUCGCGGCGUUGCUGGGUGCGUGGUACGUGGGUCUGUCGCGGGUGGUGGAGCAUAAGCACCAUUGGAGCGACGUGGCCGCUGGGUUCCUGAUCGGCGCCAUGUUUGCUGCUCUAGUUUUUAUCUACGUGCUAAAGCCUAAGAAGUACGGCCUCCCAGGCUCAUGGCAGGACCCCACCAUGCAGACCAACCCGCUACCACGGCCGGCGCUGGCUCGGUGACUGGACGACGAUGCGCUGUGACAGUGACUUGAUGACUGAUGACAAAAGUAUAUUAGAGUUAGGCUUCAACCACACCAACGCGUGCAGAUCGCCAUUGCUUGCGAUCAAAGGCCAUUGACAGGUCGCGCAACCUAUGACAGUUUCAGCAGAGGCCUUUGAUCACGCAGGCGCUGCACGCGUUGGUUUGGUUGAAGCAUUAACAGAUAAGGUAACUGACCCAAAUAAGGCCGUUUUUGGCAGCUGUUCUAGUUCAGUGGAGUCCUAGUAUCGCUGCGACCGAUUUUAUUCAAGUGUGAAAGUGAUCGCUGCUACACUGGACCGCAAAGAAAAAUGAUCGGUUAGAAAAUCUUCUUUAUCUUCAAAAGUAGCUAGCCUAAAAAACUACGCAUUUUUAUUUAUUUUUAUGGUCAUUGAAAUUUGCUGAAAUGUACUUUAAAUUAUUUCAAAACUCAACUUUGAAAUUAACCUAAACUCGGAUUAAAACCUAAACCUAAACUUCACUUCACAUCAGUUUCGUGGUUUCGUUUACAAAAUUGCUAAUUUCUAUUUUAAAGUGUAAAUAUUCCUAGAUUAAUUUAAAUGUCACGCAAUGACCAAAUAAAUAAUUGCAAAUUGGUGCUCUAUGAAUUUUAAACACUGACCAUUAAAUGUUACUCGUAAAUGAAUACGUAAAUGCAAUAUCACUGUUGUGUGAAAUUGCUUGAAACUUUAAUACGGCACUUUUAUUUAAGAAUUUAUUUAAUUACGUGGGGUCAAGGUGCCUACCUAAUUCAUUGUUUUCUAUUACACAAAGAUGUGUUGUUUAGCCUAGGCGCAAACCACCGAUUUUUAGUUGGCCGAUAGUUGGGCCCGAUUCUAAUUUGUAUGAAGAAUCGGCCGAUACCAAAUCGGUGUAAUGUGCGCACUUUCAUACAACUCCAUACUGAUCAACAGCCCGACCCAACUAUCGGCCAACUAAAAGUCACUGGUCUGCGCUUAGGCUUUUCAUGAUGUUGUAUUUUGUCUUAUGCUUAGUAUAAAAUACGUAAGUACAAUUAAGAAAAUGUAAUUCAUUAUCGUUUUAGGUACGAAAUAAAAAAUGCUGCGUAUGAAUGUAAAAGUACAAGUAAUGGAAAAAAGUCAUAAGAUACAAAAUAAAUUAUCAUUAUUUUGUUAAUUUAAUAGUUCACUAUUCAAAAUAUUUCGUAAUAAGACAGCGCUAAGGACAGCGCCAUCUGCACCACAGUUACCAUUAAUUUAUUUAAUAUAGUUUAAUUUUUAGUAUAAGAUAA